UCAAAAUUACCCCAAAAAACUAUGGAUUCGAUCGGUGGAUUUCAUGAGUUGGAAUCUCAGUUUGUAUAUCAUCACCCAAAAUACAAUCCCAUCCCACAUACACAAAAAUCUGAUAAAGCAUUUUCUAGUCACGACCACUCUUUUCAACCCCUUUACUUAUGUCCUCUUCCACGAAGUAGAAAAGAAAAAUCUGAUUCUCUCACUUAUCCUGUUAGUUAUUCCCCAGAAUACGUCGGCUCUACAACCACAAGUGAAGAAGAUCAUCCAGUACUCCCUUUGUUUUGGUGCAACAAUCAAGAAUUCGAUGUUGAUGGUGGGUGCGGCAUAUGCAGCGGCUCUAAUUUUGGCACAGACUAUUAUUUCUGUGUCGAAUGUGAUAGAAUCUUGCACAAAGAAUGUGUCCAGUCUCCAUUUAAAAUCAAACACCCUUACCAUCCAGAACAUUUUCUCCAACUUUCCUACCGUGAUCCUAGUGCUCCCGAUAUAAAGUGUUUAUGUUGUGGAAGAAUAGCAACCAAUCUGGUAUAUUAUUGUACCAUAUGUGAUGUUGUAAUGCAUACAAUUUGUGCGAUGAAGUCAAUCUAUGGCGGAUUUCAUGAGGUGGAAAUCGAUGGUAAACUAUCACAGCUGGUAUACCAUCACCCAAAAUACCAACCCAUACCACAAUCACAAAGCCUUACUGCACCCUUCGAUGAGGCAGUCAACAAUGACCUCUUCUUUUGCCCAAUGGCACGAUGUCUUAAAGAUGGGACUGAUCGUAAGAUUCACCCGCUCAUUUCCUCACCAGAUUACGUCGCCUCUACAAUAAGUACCCACCGGGGGAUAGAUCAUUCAAUACUCCCUUUGUAUUGGUGCAACAAUAAAGAAUUUGAUGCUAAUGGUGGGUGCCAUAUAUGCAGCGACUCGAAUUUUGGAAUAGACUAUUAUUUUUGUGAGCUCUGUGAUGGAAUAUACCACAAAGAAUGCGUCGAGUCUCCAUUUAUAAUCAAACGCCCUUAUCAUCCGGAGCACUCUCUCCAGCUUUCUUAUCGCAAGUCUGAUGCUCCGGAUAUAGAGUGUUUUUGUUGUGGAAGAGGAGCAAAAGUUAUGGUACACUGUUGUACCAAAUGUGAAGCUGUAAUGCAUCCAAUAUGUGCCAUGAAGUCGAUAUCUUUUGUUGUAGACCAGCCAAAACGUCAUGACCAUCCCCUCACUCUUUUUCCAGAACAAGCUUCCUUAACUUGCAACAUUUGUGGUCUAAUCAGAAAAAACUAUCCCACCUAUGUAUGUCUCAGAUGCAGAUUUGUUGCUCAUAACGAUUGUAUGUAUUCUCCAUCCAUCAUCAAGAUAUCACGUCACCACCACCGCAUCUCCUAUGCUUCUUCUCUCCAGUAUGAAGAAUGGUCUUGUGGAGUUUGUCGUAAAAGUAUUGACGGUAAUUAUGGUGCAUAUAGAUGUGACAAAUGUGAUGACUAUGCUGUUCACGUAAGAUGUGCUGUACGGAAAGAUGUGUGGGAUGGAGUUGAACUCGAAGGUGUACCAGAAGAAGAUGAUAUAACUCAAGAUGUUGGGCCGUUUAAGGUAAUAUCUGAAGGAGUGAUACUCCAUUUUCUUCAUGACCACCAUCUUCGGCUCGAGGUUAGCAUACUUUAUGAUGAAAACAAGCUCUGUGAAGCUUGUGUUAUGCCUAUAUUUGAAGGUAGCUUCUAUUCUUGUACGGAGUGUAAGUUUAUUGUCCAUGAAACAUGCGCACAAUCACCCCGCAAGAUACAACAUGCGUUACAUCCUCAUCCACUUACACUGAAGGUUGCGAGUAGAUAUGAGCAUGAUUUCUUUUGUUGUGAUGCUUGCGAUCGUAUUUGUGCUGGAUUUGUCUAUGAGUGUCACGUAGGAGAAUGCACCUUUGAUCUAGAUGUACGGUGUGCUUCAACUUCCGAGCCGUUUGCUUUCCAAGGCCACAAACACCUCUUGUUUCUAGCUUUACACCCAGACGUCAAACCAGUAUGUGAGGUAUGCGAAGUAGAAUGUCAUAAACAGUUUAAUUGCAUCAAAUGUGAUUUUAUUGUUUGUAUCAAGUGUGCUACCUUACCAUACAAAGCAAGGUACAAGCACGACAAACAUUUUCUGACAAUUUUAUGGGGGGAAGAAGUGUGUGAGAAAGAUUGGUGCGAGAUCUGCGAACGUAACUUAAGAGAUACAGACACUACGUUAUUCUACUGGUGCAACGACUGCUGCACUACUCUUCACAUUGACUGCUUAUUUGAUGACGAGCCAUAUGUGAAACCGGGUCUACUUUUAAGAGCAGAUGGGAAGGAUAUCAAAGUUCUUGGCAAAAGAAAUCUUUCUCGACCACUUUGUGAUUCUUGUCAGUACCCUUGUCAAGGCCGAAUAUAUAUGACAGCCAUCGGCAGAGCGUGUUCUUUUACAUGUACUGCUAACUUAUAUGCUGGGUGA